GCGAAGUAGCGAGCGAACUCCAUUUUGUUCUUUCGCACGUCACACUCUGGCUUCAUAGUGAUCUUUUCGGGAACAGAUGGCAGGAAAAGAUAAAAUAUGAGUUCAGGCGAUCGGGACCUGCUGCCGUAUUUCACUUUAUUAAAUGAAGAUCAGUCACCAGACGACAGGAAAUAUAUAGAACUGAGGAUAUAUAACUUCUGAACAAAAUGACCACGGAGAAGCGAAAGUGAAAGUAGUCCUAACGUUAACUAAAAGCUCGUAUCAGUAUUUCAGUCAAGCGUAUUCAGAGGUUAUCAUAUUAGUAUUUGUCAGCUGGAACAAGUCUUUUAGCAGUUUAUGAAGCGUUUGUUUUUACAUUUUAACACAUUUGUCCAGUGGUUGACUCGACGUCUAGGCCAUGGAGCCGAAUAAGAGUGCACACUUGAGAUAACUGCUAAAUGAGGCUAUGGACACACAUGAAGAGGAAGAUGAUGUGGGGACGGUGGAGAGUGAACGAUUAAGAGCAGAUAAAGCAACAUGUCCAUCACCUUCAGUCACAUCUCUACAAAGUGACCAGUUACUGGAUCGACCGAUAUUGUUCAAAGAUGGAUCUCAGAGUUUCCUGGUGAUAGAAAGGUUGAGAGAAGGUCAAUCAACAUCUCCAGCACCGUCAGUCACAUCCCUACAAAGUGACCAGUCAAUGGAUCGACCGAUAUUGAUCAAAGAUGGAGCAGAGUGUAAAGGGGGGAAUAAAAGGUCGAGACCAGAUAAAGGAACUUCUCCAGCACUCUCCUGUACAUCUCUACAAAGUGACCAGUCAAUGGACCGACCGAAACUGUUCAAAGAUGGAACUCAGAGCAAUGAAAGGCUGAGACCAAAUAAAGCCACAUCUCCGGCACCGUCCAGCACAUCUCUGAGAAGUGACCAGUCAAUGGAUCGACCGAUACUAUUCAAAGAUGAAGCACCAAUAAGGUCGAGACCAGAUAAAGGAACUUCUCCAGCACUCUCCUGUACAUCUCUACAAAGUGACCAGUCAGUGGACCGACCGAUACUGUUCAAAGAUGGAACUCAGAGCAAUGAAAGGAUAAGACCAGAUGAAGCAACAUCUCCAGCACCGUCUUCUGUAUCUCUAAAAAGUGACCAGUCAAUGGAUCGGCCAAUACUAUUUAGAGAUGGUACACAGGGUAUAAGGAGGAUUAAAAGGCUGAGACCAAAUAAAGCCACAUCUCCGGCACCGUCCAGCACAUCUCUGAGAAGUGACCAGUCAAUGGAUCGACCGAUACUAUUCAAAGAUAAAGCACCAAUAAGGUCGAGACCAGAUAAAGGAACUUCUCCAGCACUCUCCUGUACAUCUCUACAAAGUGACCAGUCAAUGGACCGACCGAUACUGUUCAAAGAUGGAACUCAGAGCAAUGAAAGGAUAAGACCAGAUGAAGCAACAUCUCCAGCACCGUCUUCUGUAUCUCUUAAAAGUGACCAGUCAAUGGAUCGGCCAAUACUAUUUAGAGAUGGUACACAGGGUAUAAGGAGGAUUAAAAGGCUGAGACCAAAUAAAGCCACAUCUCCGGCACCGUCCAGCACAUCUCUGAGAAGUGACCAGUCAAUGGAUCGACCGAUACUAUUCAAAGAUGAAGCACCAAUAAGGUCGAGACCAGAUAAAGGAACUUCUCCAGCACUCUCCUGUACAUCUCUACAAAGUGACCAGUCAAUGGACCGACCGAUACUGUUCAAAGAUGGAACUCAGAGCAAUGAAAGGCUGAGAUUAAAAGACCCAACAUCUCCAGCUCCUUCAUGCACAUCUCUGAAAAGUGCCCAGUCACAGGAUCGACCGAUAUUGUUCAAAGAUGAAACACCAAGCUUCCUGAAUGAGGAAAGGUAUUCAAAUUUAAACAAUAAUUAGACAAAAAAAGUUUUA